UUUUUAGAGUAAAGCAAUGCAACUUCGAACCGGGAUCCGGUUUAACCGGUCCUACCUUCAAUAUACUGAUUCCAUCAUCACUAGUAUUAUAAAUGACACACAUCUCUUUACCCCUUUUAUUCCAACACAACCUCUCUCCCUCUCUCCCUCCGUCAAUGGAGAAAACCCUAGCGACUUCCAAUACCAAACGCUCUUCUCCGUCGCCUUCAAUCGCCGUGAACGCACGUCCCGCUGGUUUCAAGCGCAGAACCAGACAAAGAUUGUCAGAUGAAACGGCGAGUGUAAGAGAGAGCUGCGUAGAAGAUGAUGAUGAAGAAGGAGUGGAGGAGAAGAUUGAAGCUCUUCAGACAAUAGUACCAGGAGGAGCGGCGCUUGGAGUGGACGCGCUGUUUGAAGAGACAGCAAGUUACAUAUUGGCUCUGCAAUGUCAGAUCAAUGCCAUUAAAGUUCUUACUUCAUUUCUUGAGAGUUGUGAGAAGGAUGAUGAUAUGAAGUUUGGAGGUUGAAUGUUUAACAAACCAUUUGUAAUUCUCUCAGAUCGUUUAUAAGAAGAAGAAAAAAAAAUCUCUUUUCGGUUUUAUUUAAUCA